AGGAAGAAAGCAAGAAUUCCAACAAUUUACAAGGAUGAACGGGGAUCGAUCCGAUAGCCAGAAAAUGGGUACCGAUGAAACUCCGAGUUCAGCUAAGAGAAAUUCCGACCCUCCAUCGUCUGCUUCGGCCUACCUUGAUCCUAACUACUGGAAUGAGCGUUUCUCCAAUGAGGAACACUAUGAAUGGUUCAAAGACUACUCUCAUUUCCGUCAUCUGAUUCAACCCCAUCUCAAACCCAAUUCCUCUGUCUUGGAGCUGGGUUGUGGAAACUCACAGUUGAGUGAAGAGCUUUACAGCGAGGGAAUUACCAAUAUAACAUGCAUUGAUUUGUCAUCUGUUGCAGUGCAGAGAAUGCAGGAACGGUUAGUUUCCAAGGGAUACACAGGUGCAUAUUUAAUAGACAUUUUUUGGAGCCUUUUUUUUUUUUUUUUUUGGUAUUUCAUUAUUUGCUUCUAAGACUAUGGCUGGUUUGCUAUUUAGAGCCUGAUUUGACUUCCGGAUUACUUGACAUGAAAUGAAUUGCCAAAGCUGUCUAAGUCUGGUUUGCAAUUUUACAUAUUCUAUUUUUAUGUGAAAUUUAUAAAAAUAUCCUUUUUUUCAAACUGAUUUAACAUAGAGACAGAUUAUUUUCCUCAUUUUCUCAGAGGCUGGAACUUUGGUGGCAAAAAAGGUUCUUUGCAUUGGAAUUAGGUUAUAUUUUGGACUUAGUGCCAUUCAUUAGUUUUUCUUUCUCGUUACCUCUAUCAUCAGAAAUAAAAGUGCUGGAAGCUGACAUGCUAGCCCUUCCUUUUAGCGACGAGUGUUUUGAUGUGGUUAUUGAGAAAGGAACCAUGGAUGUCUUGUUCGUUGACAGUGGUGACCCUUGGAAUCCACAGCCUUCAACAGUAUCCAAGGUCAUGGCAAUGCUUGAAAAUGUUCAUAGGGUUUUGAAACCUGAUGGCAUUUUCAUAUCAAUUACUUUUGGCCAGCCACACUUUAGGCGUCCUUUCUUUCAAAAUUCAAAAUUUACAUGGUCUAUUGAAUGGAGUACUUUUGGGGAUGGAUUUCAUUAUUUUUUCUAUAUCUUGAGGAAGGGAAGGAGAACUUCAGAUGGCUGGGAUUCAAGUGAAAAGCUUGAGAUGCCAUCAAUUUGUCUACUCCAAGAAGAAUUAGAGGGCGAAGACUAUAUUUUUCGAACCAACAUCGAUGAGAUGGAUUGCUAGUACCGAUUGUAACUUAUCUAUUAAUUCCCCUGCAGCGCUGCUACAUGCUUACAUCUUCAUAACAAAGUGCAGCAAAGUUAACAUAUUCUCAAUACAACUUCUCUUUGCAAUAUCAAUGUCAAAGUGUAAACUUCAACAUUUUCUGUGACUCUUAGCAACACAACCAAAGAAUUGGUGUCUAGACUUACUGACUUGAAACCUUACUGAACCAUGUUUUGUCAAUGAGAUGGAAAGGUCAUCUGGUGUACUGUUUCGAUAUCCAUCUUGUAUGCCUGUAUUCUUUUUCAUUUGCUCAAUAAAUAUGAUUUUCAUAG